AUGAAGACCACUUGGAAGGAUAUCGCUCCUGUGCCCACGAGCCAGGAGUUCCUGGAUAUCGUCCUCAGUCGCACGCAACGCCAAUUGCCCACCCAGAUUCGUUCCGGUUUUAAGAUCAGCCGUAUCAGAGGUUUCUACACUCGAAAGGUGAAAUACACGCAGGAGACUUUCUGUGAAAAGUUCCAGGCUAUUCUGGACGGAUUCCCGCGUCUGCAGGAUAUUCAUCCUUUCCAUAAGGAUUUGAUGAACACCCUCUACGAUGCCGACCAUUUCCGUAUUGCCCUCGGCCAAGUGUCUACCGCCAAGCACCUCAUUGAAACCGUUUCCCGUGAUUACGUCCGUUUGAUCAAGUAUGCGCAGUCUCUGUUCCAGUGCAAACAGCUCAAGCGGGCCGCGCUCGGUCGCAUGGCCACCAUCUGCCGCCGUCUCAAGGACCCCCUCGUCUAUCUUGAGCAGGUCCGUCAGCACUUGGGACGUCUGCCCUCGAUUGACCCCAACACCCGCACCCUCCUGAUCUGCGGGUAUCCCAACGUGGGCAAGUCCAGCUUCCUGCGCAGCAUCACCCGCGCCGACGUGGAUGUCCAGCCCUACGCCUUCACCACCAAGAGCUUGUUCGUCGGCCACUUCGACUACAAGUACCUGCGGUUCCAGGCCAUCGACACCCCCGGUAUUCUGGACCACCCGCUGGAGGAGAUGAACACGAUUGAAAUGCAGUCCAUCACCGCCAUUGCCCAUCUCCGCUCCGCCGUCAUGUACUUCAUGGACCUGUCCGAGCAGUGCGGCUACUCCGUCGCCGACCAGAUCAAGCUCUUCCACAGCAUCCGGCCGCUCUUUGCCAACAAGAUCGUCUUCCUGGUUGUCAACAAGAUCGACGUGCGUCGCCCCGAGGACCUGGAGCCCGAGUACCAGGAAGCCCUCCAGAACAUCCUCAAGUCCGGCGACGUCGAGCUGCUGCAGCUGUCCUGCACCACGACCGAAGGCGUCACGAACGUGAAAAACGCGGCGUGCGAUAAGCUCCUGGCCGAGCGUGUGGCGCAGAAGCUCAAGUCCGGCACCAACAGCGCGGGCACGCCCGGCGGCCGUCUGGGCGACGUCCUGGCCCGUAUCCACGUGGCGCAGCCGAUGGGCGGCGUGACGCGCGAGACCUUCAUUCCCGACGAGGUCAAGGGCCUGAAGAAGUACGACAAGAGCGACCCGGAACGACGGAAGCUGGAGCGCGACCUCGAGGAGGAGAACGGCGGCGCGGGUGUGUACAACAUCGACCUGAAGAAGACGUACAUGCUCGAGAACGACGAGUGGAAGCACGACAAGAUCCCCGAGGUGUUCAACGGCAAGAACGUCUACGACUUCGUGGACCCGGAUAUCGAGGCCAAGCUGGCGGCGCUCGAGGAAGAGGAGGAGAAGCUGCAGGCCAACGGCUACUACGAGUCGGACGAGAGCGUGGAGGACGUCGAGGACGCCGACGUCCGCAUGAAGGCCGACCUCAUCCGCGAGAAGCAGGCGCUCAUGCGCAACGAGGCCAAGAUGCGCAAGUCGCUCAAGAACCGCGCCGCCAUCCCGCGCUCCGCCAAGGCCAAGAAGCUGUCGCAGAUGGAAGAGGCCCUCGAGGAGGCCGGCUACGAUGUCGAUGCCGCCGCCGCCCGCGCCCGCGCCCAGAGCCAGACCCGCGGCCGCACCCUCACCCGCCCCGACAACGCCGACAACGACGACGCCAUGGACGUCGACAUGUCCGACCCGCGCCAGGCGAUCGCCAAGGCCAAGGGCCGCGCCCGCAGCCAGGCCGCCACCAACCGUCUCCUGGACGGUGUCACCAACGACACGGCCCGUACCCAGGCCGAGCGCCUGAAGAAGCUGGGCCAGAAGAAGAUGAACCGGAUGGCUCGCGCGGGAGAGGCCGAUCGCCACACCACCGCCUCUCUUCCCAAGCACUUGUUCACCGGAAAGCGCACCAUCGGCAAGACCCAGCGUCGGUAA